AUGGAACUGCGAGUCACCGGUGUCCCUAAACCUAAUCCGGAUCGUUUCACAAUCAAUGUGGGUGAAUCUGAUUCCAAAAUUGCACUACACGUCAACCCUCGUUUUCAAGGCUCUGGCCCAGGUGUCAUCGUCCUGAAUGCCAUGAAGGAUGGGUCCUGGGAUACUGAAGUGAGAGAUGAAAGAAACUUUCCUUUCCAGCAGGUAUUUACUGUCAGAAAAGUUAGCUUCAAGCAAGGAAUGGAACUGCGAGUCACCGGUGUCCCUAAACCUAAUCCGGAUCGUUUCACAAUCAAUGUGGGUGAAUCUGAUUCCAAAAUUGCACUACACGUCAACCCUCGUUUUCAAGGCUCUGGCCCAGGUGUCAUCGUCCUGAAUGCCAUGAAGGAUGGGUCCUGGGAUACUGAAGUGAGAGAUGAAAGAAACUUUCCUUUCCAGCAGGGUGAGGAGUUUGAGGUGUCCAUCACCUUUGCCAAUGAGCAGUUUUACAUUAGCCUGCACAACGGCCACAUGCUGGAGUUCCCCAACCGCCUGGAACAGCCCCAGUACAGUAAAAUCUGGUUUAUAGCAGACGUCAGGAUCACCGGCAUAUAUCUCAAGUCAAGACCCACCAGGAGGUGCUAG